UACAUGCUGAGCUGAGAGGCAGAUCUCUCUGUGGAUUCUGGCACAUUUACACACACUCAUCUGCUCUGCUGACAGCAGUAUAUUCGAGCCGAGCCCCGCGUCUCUUUGUUCGCGAUCAUAGCGCUGUCAUCAUGACCCAAAGGUGAUCCUCAGUCCCGGUGGUUCUGGGAGUCCACGUCUGCGAGAGUGUACACAAGAGAGGCCUCUUUAUAGGUGAAAGGAUUGCCCAGGGCCACGGCGCUCAGAAUCUGAAGGAGUGCAGCAGUCAUCCAGCCAGGACUGAAGAUCAGGAUGGAGAAGGAAGACCUGAAGAUUGUCAACAGGGAUUUGGAGGAUGAGAUGGAGUUGAGCGGGUAUCGGCUGUGCCGAUGGAAGCUGGUUCUGGUGUGUUUAGGUGGUCUGUGUACAGGCGGUUUUCUUUUCCUGCUGCUCUAUUGGAUGCCUGAAUGGUGUGUGAAGUCCACCUGCACACGGACCGCUGUCAGAGACGCAGACGUCGCCCUCUUACGGAGCACUGAUGAGUUUAAGCGCUGGUUUCAAGCGAAAAUUCGGAUAAUGUUGGCCCCUGGGAAGAACCCUUAUGACAACCUGGCCUCUCAGACCGCCUCCACUCAGGCCAAUGACCACGCCCACAACCCUUCUGACUCCGCCCCUGAGAAAAUCACCAGGAAUCAAGAGGACCAGCAUGUGCAGAUACGUUAUUUUACCCUCCACAGCACUAAGUACUUUUGGAACGACACCAUACACAACUUUGAAGUAUUGAAAGGCCUGGAGGAUCUGAGCUUGACCUGCUCAUCCGUUCACUCAAAGCACAGUGCCGGGAUCAACAAAAACCAGCAGGAGUACAGGAGAUUUUUUUUCGGACUAAAUGAAAUAGACGUGAAAGUGCCUUCUCUUUUCAAGCUGCUAAUUAAGGAGGUCCUCAAUCCUUUCUACAUCUUCCAGCUCUUCAGUGUUAUCCUGUGGUGUACCGAUGAAUAUUAUUACUACGCAAUGGCCAUAGUCGUCAUGUCCUUCAUAUCAAUAGCUACCUCUCUCUACACUAUUAAAAAGCAAUAUGUAAUGCUACACGACAUGGUGGCAACACACAGUACUGUUCGAGUUACGGUCUGCAGGGGCGAAAACGAAACGGAGGAAGCCCUGUCCACAGACUUGGUCCCGGGUGAUGUCAUCGUUAUCCCCAGCAACGGGAUCAUCAUGCCCUGUGACGCAGUGCUCAUCUGUGGAACCUGCAUUGUUAAUGAGAGCAUGCUCACAGGUGAGAGUGUUCCGGUCACCAAGACGGACCUUCCGAAUCCUCGGCAGGACAAGAAGGGUGCGGAUGGUGACACGAUCUACAGCACGGAGGAACACAAGAGACAUACACUCUUCUGUGGCACGAAUGUCAUUCAGACUCGCUACUACACGGGAGAAAUGGUUAAGGCUGUGGUAGUGCGAACAGGUUUCAGCACUGCUAAAGGGCAACUCAUCCGGUCUAUCCUGUACCCCAAACCCACAGACUUUAAGCUGUACCGGGACGCCUACCUGUUCCUCCUGUGCCUGGUGGCUGUUGCCAGCAUCGUCUUUGUCUAUUCUUUAGUCAUGAAAAUCAUAAAUCAGGAACCAGUAAAGCAAAUCAUAGUCAAGUCUCUGGACAUUAUUACCAUCACGGUGCCGCCUGCGCUGCCGGCAGCCAUGACCGCGGGUAUCGUCUACGCUCAGCGGCGUCUCAAGAAAGUGGGGAUAUUCUCCAUCAGCCCUCAAAGAAUUAACAUCUGUGGGCAGCUGAACCUGGUGUGCUUUGACAAGACGGGCACCCUCACAGAAGAUGGUCUGGACAUGUGGGGAAUUCAAAGAACAGAAGAUGGCAGAUUCCACCAUUCAGAAGAAAAGGCAGAUGAUAAAAGUUUAGUAACAACCAAGUUUGUCUCCUGCAUGGCCACCUGUCACUCCCUCACUAAGAUUGAGGGUCAGCUCUCUGGAGAUCCACUCGACCUCAAGAUGUUCGAGGCCACAGGCUGGAUCUUGGUGGAAGCCACAGAGGAGGAGACGGCUCAACACGACCGCAUUGAACUCACUUACGUAAAACCGCCAAAUCAGCUUCUGCCGCCACCAGUAAGAUCAUCUGAACAAGACAUGGAACUGUCAGAACUCUAUGAGCUCUCGGCGUCCUAUAUGAUCGGUAUUGUGCGGCAGUUCUCCUUCUCCUCCGCCCUGCAAAGAAUGAGCGUGGUCGUCCGUCAGAUUGGACAGAGACGCAUGGAUGCGUAUCUGAAAGGAGCUCCGGAGGUUGUGGCAAGCCUCUGUAAGAAAGAGUCAGUACCAGAGGAUUUUGCAGAGGUUCUGGAGGACUACACCAAAGAGGGUUUCCGGGUCAUCGCGCUGGCACACAGACGACUAGAGUCCAAACUUACAUUUCACAAAGUGCAGAACAUUAACAGGGAUCAAAUUGAGAAAAAUAUGGAUUUUCUGGGUUUGAUUAUCAUGCAGAACAAGCUGAAAACGGAAACCCCAGGGGUUCUGGAAGAUCUACGACGUGCCAACAUACGCACCGUUAUGGUCACAGGUGACAACAUGCUGACGGCCAUCUCUGUGGCACGAGACUGCGGCAUGAUUCAGCCGCAAGACCGAGUCAUUAUUGCCGACGCUCUACCCCCUAAAGACGGCCAGGCUGCCAAGAUCAACUGGCACUACGCCGACAAACCCGGCAAACCCUCGAACAAGCCCACCAAACUAGAGGAGAUGGAAAUUAUAAUGGAAGAUGGGCAUUCUGAGACGAAACCACAGGAACAGUAUCACUUUGCCAUGAGCGGAAAAUCUUUCGCUGUAAUUAUUGAGCAUUUCCAGGACCUGCUACAGAAGCUGGUGCUUCAUGGAACAGUAUUUGCAAGGAUGGCGCCUGACCAGAAGACUCAGCUUGUUGAAACUUUGGAGAGUGUAGAUUAUUUUGUAGGAAUGUGUGGAGAUGGAGCGAACGACUGUGGGGCACUGAAGAGAGCUCAUGCUGGGAUCUCCCUGUCAGAACUGGAGGCUUCAGUGGCGUCUCCCUUCACCUCCACAACUCCCAGCAUCACCUGCGUCCCCAAUCUGAUCAGGGAGGGACGAGCGGCUCUCAUCACCUCCUUCUGUGUGUUUAAGUUCAUGGCUCUAUACAGUAUUAUUCAGUGCCUCAGUGUCGCCCUUCUCUACUCCAUUGGCAGUAACCUGGGCGACUUCCAGUUUCUCUUCAUCGACAUAGCCAUCAUUCUUCUUAUUGUCUUCACCAUGAGUUUGAACUCCGCAUGGAAGGAGCUCGUCGCCCGAAGACCUCCCUCUGGUCUCGUCUCAAUUCCUCUCCUCUUCUCAGUUCUGACCCAGAUUCUCAUUUGCCUGGGUUUCCAGAUCAUGGGCUUUCUCUUGAUCCAAAAAUUAGACUGGUACUCCAAGCCAGAUUUCUACAACUGCUCUGCUCCUCAUCACAUGGAUAACUCCUCCGAGACCAAAGAAAUAGAAAUCCAGAACGAUGUGAAUACCACACUCUUCUUCGUCUCCUCGUUUCAGUACCUCAUUGUGGCCGUUGUUUUCUCCAAAGGAAAACCUUUCCGCCAGCCCAGCUACAAGAACUGGCCGUUUGUUCUUUCUGCUUUAAUUCUCACCAUUUUCCUGUUUUUCAUCAUGUUUGUCCCAAUCUCCGGAAUCUAUGAAUUUUUGGAGCUCGUGUGUGUUCCUUUGAGCUGGCGUGUGGCUAUGGUGCUUAUUGUGCUGGGCAACACCAUAGUGAGUGUGUUCAUCGAGACCGUCGUGCUUGACGUCAUCUUAUGGAAGCAUGUGUUCAGCAGAGACAAGCAGGGAAGCUAUGGCGUCUCCCCUGCAGGCCCGACACCACAGGUUGGGAAAAAUCUGAAACUUAUGUUCACCGUUGCCUUUUCACUUCCUGGUGUCCACUCCGCCCUAUUUCCCACUCUCACUAUUUUCCCUCUCUCUCUUUCUCAACCUCUCUCUUUCCCUCUCACUCAACACCCUGUUUUAACGUUUGGCCUUGCAUGCGCCAACAUGAUUUUUUCUGAACGCUCUCUAGUGCCCCCUGUGGGGACUCUUGUUUUGUCAUGCUCCGGGGGCUUACGAUUUCCCCUCCUCCCCCUCCCCCCAUUUCCCUCUAAUGCUCCUCCUGUAGUGGCAAUUACUGCAUACGUGUGUUAAGCUAUGCGUCUUUUUCAACCGUGUUUGGAAUGACGGUGCAGGUAUGUGCCAAACAGAGCAAUAUUUAACGUCUAACAUAAUGAAUUGCGAAACUUGCACUAAAGUUCUGAUAUGUUGUGUGUUUAUAAAGCAUCUGGUUUGGUUAAAGGAAUAUUCUGGGUUGUUUGCAACUGGAAAGUCGGGAUAGUUAUUGCUACUUCUGGUUUAGCUUAGCUAAUUUAUAGUUAGCAGUGCCAUGUUAAUUAAAACAACCAGGUUUACUUUUUUUAGUCUACACUACUGUUCAAAAGUUUAGGGUGAGUAAGAUGGUUUUUUUUAAAGAAAUUAAUACUUUUCUUUGGGUAUUUUGAGCUGAAACUUCAGACUCAUUAUGGGGACACCUGAGACUUGCAUUACAUAUUGUAAAAAGGGGCAUAAUAUGUCCUGUUUAAAGUGUAAAUAACUGAGAAUAUUCCUUUAAAUGAAUGCUCUGGGUUCAGAACAAGUCUGUGGCCUGCUGUCGAUGAUCACAGACAAAUAAUUUAUUCAUCCUUUUAAAUUGAGACUAUUUUUGUUGGUGGAUGAACUUCAAGUUACCAUUUUGUUUGAUGUACUCAUGCAGACAUGGAGUAGUGUUAUUUUAGUAUUACAUACUUUACACAUAAUUUUAGUUGACGUUUUUCAUUAAUAGAAAAAAUCAG